AUGGCGACCCUAGCCCUACCCCAGGACUGGAAGUCCGACGAGAAGACACCCAACUUCAAGAGCAUAGGAUCUCUAUCACCGGCGAUCGACCGCAAGAUCGAGCCUUUCGGCGCGGCCUUCUUGGCGCAUGCACGGAGACAACGACACGGCCGGACUUUCUCUGAAGACGACCGCAUCCAGGCUCUUGCGAAAGUGAAGAAGACAGAAGACGACGAUGAUGGAGAAAUCAGCGAACCGGAAGACCCUCUAAUGCUACAGCGAGAUGCCAAAGAUUGGAAGGGACAAGACCACUACGCCGUCCUCGGCCUCUCAAAACACCGCUACCGCGCAACCGACGAGCAAAUCAAGCGCGCCCACCGCAAAAAGGUCCUCAAGCACCACCCCGACAAGCGCGCCGCCGCCGGCCAAGCCGAGAACGACUCCUUCUUCAAAUGCAUCCAGCGCGCCCACGAGACCCUCACCGACCCCAAAACUCGCCGACAAUUCGACUCAGUCGACGAAGCCGCCGACGUCGCGCCCCCCACCAAAAAAGAAAUGACCUCGUCCAGCAAAUCCUUUUUCAAAAAAUGGAACGCCUUCUUCGAAUCCGAGGCCCGCUUCAGCAACAAACAGCCCGUGCCAAAAAUCGGCGACGAUAAAUCCACAAAGGAAGACGUCGAGGAGUUCUACGACUUCUGGUACAACUUCGACUCCUGGCGCUCAUUCGAGUACCUCGACGAGGACGUCCCCGACGACAACGCCGACCGCGACCACAAGCGGCACAUUGAGAAGAAGAACCGCAAUGCCCGCAUCAAGCGUAAGACCGAGGACACCGCUCGGCUGCGCAACACGGUAGAUACCUGUCUUCAAAACGACGAGCGCAUCAAGAAAUUCCGACAGGCAGCGAGCAAGAACAAGAACGCGAAACGCCUCGAGAAGGAAGCCAAAGAGAAGAAGGAAGCAGAGGAUAAAGCCGCCGCUGCCGCCGCUGCAGAGAAGCAGAAGAAGGAAGACGAGGAGAAAGCGAAAGCAGACAAGGAUGCCGCGAAGAAGAGCAAGGAGGCGGCCAAGACUGCUGUGAAGAAGAACAAGCGUGUGGUCAAGGGUGCGGUCAAGGACGUCAACUAUUUCUCGAGUGGAGCGGAUGCUUCGGCCGCGCAGGUGGAUGCUGUGUUGGAUGAUGUUGAUCGGAUUUUGGCGAGCACGGACCCGGAUGAGCUCGCGGAUUUGGUCAGCAAGCUCAAUGUUGCGGGCAAGGAUGGAGAGAAGGUCAAAGGCGUAUUCACGGAGCGGAUGAGCGGUCUCACCAGCAGCGGAAAGGUCAAGGAGGGCGAUGUCAAGGUCUUCAAGUGA